AUGAAUCCGUCCACGGCAUUUCCGAAGGCCGCGGCUCUCCCCGCGCGUCUGUUGCGAACCCAGCGACAAUGUUCUAAGCAGACUUCCAGCAAUAAUGGCCACUCGUCCACCCAAAGAAACUAUCAUGCAACUGCCUCUUCUUCUCCGGCUAGGCGUCUCCGGGAGGGCGCUUGCAAGAGAAACGAAUCUUUUGUGAUAUCGGCUAGGGCUUUUCACACUACCUCUCCUCUUGCGGCUGUUCCCGACCCUUACAAGGUCUUAGGCGUGGAUAAGAAAGCAUCCGCCGGCGACAUCAAGAAGGCCUACUAUGGCCUAGCCAAGAAGUACCACCCCGAUACUAACAAGGACGCUAAGGCCAAAGACAAGUUUGCCGAGGCCCAGACAGCCUACGAAUUGUUAUCCGACGCCCAGAAGCGAGAGAACUACGACCGGUAUGGUUCUGCCGCUUUCGAUCAGAAUGGCGGGUUCAACCCAAACGCUGGCGGCAGCCCAUUCUCUGGUGCAGGAGGAUUCCACGGCUUUGGCGGCGGUUUCGGCGGCGGUGGUGGUGGCUUUGGCGGAGGCUUCUCUGGCGACAUCAAUUUUGAGGAUCUCUUUGGAGCCUUUACCGGAGGAGCGCGCCGUGGACCCCGGGGAGGACGCAACCCUUUCCAGGAGCAGAUUUUGGUCGGUGAAGACAUUGAGGUGCAAACAAACAUCUCGUUUAUGGAUGCUGCGAAGGGCACCUCUCAGGACAUCGUCAUCACCCCGUUGACUAAGUGCGGAACCUGCAAAGGUGACGGAUUGAAAUCUGGUGCUAAGCGGUCCCAAUGCCGUCAGUGCAACGGGACCGGUACUCGCGUUCAUCUCAUGCAGGGAGGCUUCCAAGUCGCCGCCACAUGUGACGCAUGUGGAGGUGCCGGUAUGUCUGUUCCACGCGGGUCAGAGUGCAGCCCUUGCAAUGGAAGUGGCGUGACCCGAGAGCGCAAGACUAUCAAGGUAGACAUCCCCGGCGGUGUCGAAGAUGGCAUGCGUCUGCGGCUGUCCCCCCCUGGUGCUCGCACCCAACCCGGUGAUCUUUACGUCUCCAUUCGAGUUGCCCCCGACCAUCGCUUCAGCCGUUCCGGCUCCGAUAUUCUCUAUACUGCCUCAAUUCCCCUCACCACUGCUAUUCUUGGUGGUGAGGUGACCAUCCCCACUCUCGACAAUCAAGUGAAGGUCAAGGUUGCCACCGGUACGGGUACCGGUGACCGAAUCACUUUGUCAGGAAUGGGCAUGAAGAAGCUUAGUGGCCGUAGUCGCGGGUUCACCCCCAAUGGCGAUCUUAAGGUCGAAUUUAAGGUUGCCAUGCCCAAGUACUUGACAGGCAACCAGCGCACCAUUUUGGAAGUCCUCGCGGAUGAGAUGAACGACAAGACAGCGAAGCGGACAAUGAACUUCCACAAGGAUAGCCCCUCCUCUGCUUCUGAUAGCGCCGACGACGCGGCCAAAAACGAAGGCUUCCUGAAGUCUGUCUGGCAUCGACUCACAGAGAAACAUGGUGAUUCUUCCAAACCAUCGCAGACUGACAAGAAAGACUCCACCAAGGACACGGAAGACAAGGAUGCUGGCAGCGAUGCUAGCAAGGAUGGCUCGAAGAAGUCGAGUUGA